AUGUCAUACACGGUAAUUACAGGCGCCAAUGGUUUUAUUGCGCAACAUAUCAUCAAGAUUCUCUUGAGUAAUGGUCAUAAGGUCAUAGGAACGGUUAGAACUCAAGAAAAGGCUGACACCAUAGCUAAGUUGUUCGACAAUGAGAACUUGAUUUUAGAAAUCGUUCCGGAUUUAAACGCUGUUGAGGCAUUCGAUCCAUUGUUUAAAAAGUACAACACUCAAAUAAAAUACGUUUUGCACACCGCAUCCCCAGUUGACUUGGCUGUCACUGAUGUACAAAAUGGUAUUAUUGACCCAGCUAUCAAUGGUACUUUGUCUGUUUUUAAAGCUAUCAAAAAGUACGCAGCUGAUUCUGUUGAAAGUGUCGUAUACACCUCUUCUUCGGUCGCAGGAGCCAAUUUGAAAACUAUUUUCGAUGGAACAGCUAUAAUAAACGAAGAGUCUUGGAAUCCAGAUGGGAGAGAGGAUGCUGUUGACAGUCUUUCUGCCUACUCAGUUUCCAAGAAAUUGGCUGAGCAAGCUAUUUGGAAGUUUAAGGAAGAUAACAAAGACGCUAUCAAAUUCAGAUUGUCCACUAUCAAUCCAUUUUUUGUUACUGGUCCACAAGCUUUCGAUGAAACUGCUAAGGGUAAAUUAAAUGAAACGGCUUCUUAUUUCGAGCACAUUCUUGCAUCCAAACCAGGUGGCGAUCUCGCUCCAUUUUUUGGAGUUCCUGCCCUUGAUGUAAGAGAUCUAGCUAGGGCCCAUUAUCUAGCCUUGACGGAAUCACGAUUUGAUGGUCAAAGAAUAUUCCUUGAUGGUGAUGUUUACUCUACGCAACAAUGGUACGAUGUCAUCCAUGAAAAAUUUCCAGAAUUGAAUGGUAAGAUUGCAAAGGGUCAACCAGGCACUGACAAGUUCAAAGAGGGGUCAAUUGCCAAGAUAGAUUUCUCAAAGUCAAAGAAAUUAUUGGGGUUUGAUCAAAUACCAUUGAAGCAAACUAUCACUGAUGGAAUUGGGCAACUUUUGAGAGUCAGGGGCAUUCCUCAGAAUUAG